AUGGCUGCUCGUUUCUUUCCGCCGCAGAGAACGGGCCUGGCGCUCGCGACUGGCGCUCUUUUGUUCUCUGCCUUGGCCGCCGCCAAUGUUGGUCCAGGGGAGCUCUCGGUGACUGAGAUCGAGGAGCAAUUGCAGAACUGCCCUCUUGUCCAAUCCCUCAAUGAGCACAAGCGAGCCACCGCCCCGCAAACCACCAGCGUCACGGCGAGGAUCUUCGCUGUUUUAUUCCCAGGAAGCCCCGCCGUGAACGCGCUGCUGGCGACGUUGUACAUCUCCGGCCCGCCCAACUUUCUUCUGGCCCUAUGCCCGCCCAACAUUGACCCCUCCUCGCUCUCGAUGAUGGUCGCCUUCGCCGUGGGAGGAUUGCUGGGCGACACGCUGUUCCACCUGCUCCCAGAGAUAUUCCUGGGCGAGGACUCGCCCGAGCACGUGAGCUUCGUGAUGGUCGAGCCGAACAAGAACCUCCUGCUGGGCCUGGGGAUCAUGGUGGGCUUCUUCACGUUCGUAGCCAUGGACAAGGCACUGCGGAUCGCAACAGGUGGCGAAGGCGGCCACGACCACAGUCACGGCCAUGCGCACCCGGAGCCCAUCGCCGCGACGACCAGUUCAGACACAAAAUCGCAGUCCGGGGCGGGCGACCUGAAACAGCGCAAGACCGGCGGCGUCUCUUCAAAUUCCUCCUCUUCCACCAACCAACCCGAGCCCGAAAAGGAGAUCAACCCCAGCGUCAAGCUGGGCGGCUACCUCAACCUGAUCGCAGACUUCACGCACAACAUCACUGACGGCCUGGCGCUAUCGUCGUCGUUCUACGCCUCGCCAACAAUCGGCGCCACAACCACCGUUGCCGUCUUCUUCCACGAGAUUCCGCACGAGGUCGGCGACUUCGCGCUGCUGGUGCAGUCGGGCUUCUCCAAGCGCAAGGCCAUGGGCGCGCAGUUCGUCACUGCCGUCGGCGCCUUCCUGGGCACCUUGAUUGGCAUUGCCGUGCAGGAACUCGGUGGCAAUGGCUCGCUCUCGGAGGAUGUUGCUGCUGUCUCUGGGCUCUGGGGUACGAGUCUGACCUGGGGCGAUAUGCUGCUGCCCUUUACGGCCGGCACGUUCCUGUAUGUUGGCACUGUUGCUGUUAUUCCGGAGCUGUUGGAGACGGGUAAGGAUAAGGGUGUCGAGGUGCGCAAGACGCUGGUGCAGUUUGCGGCUGUUGCUGUUGGGGCGGGGAUUAUGCUUGCGUGA